GGCAACAAUGGGCACCCGCACCUUCCCCUCCUGGUAGAGGCUGAGAAGUAAAGAUCAGGAAUGAGGAGGAGGAGCAACUUCCCAGACGUGUAGAACUUAUGAAGUUUAUGAAGCAGCUUCCCAGACGUGUAGAACUUAUGAAGUUUAUGAAGCAGCUUCCCAGACGUGUAGAGCGUAUAGAGAGGUGAGGCAGCCAACCUCAGCCACAUUCAGCUUCCUGAAGAGAAUGACUAAAGGACGACGCUUCAACCCACCUUUAGACAAGGAUGGGAGAUGGUUCCCUCACAUCGGGCUAACGCAAAAGACAUCAGAAUCCAACACCAGGGCUAUGUUAAAAGAGCCCCAGAGUCCACACUCACCUUGGCAAGUGGAGGGGAAGCUGCCGCCCAUAUACAAAGUCCGGGAGAAGCAAGCAGUGAAUAACCAGUUCCCCUUCUCCGUGCAUGACAAUCGGCACAGUUUGGAGAACUCUGGAUGCUACCUUGACUCCGGCCUGGGACGUAAGAAGAUCGCUCCAGAUAAGAGGCAACAUGUUUCAAGAAAUUUUAAUCUCUGGGCAUGUGACUAUGUUCCAUCUUGUCUUGAUGGCUUUUCAAAUAACCAAAUAUCAUAUGUGCAUAAAGAAGCUGUGGUGGUCUCAAGUUUCAGACGCUUUCCACGAUGCUAUAAAGAGAUAUGGAACACUUUAACAUUUCUUCCUGAGCGAAGAUAUACAGAGUUUUUGAAAAAGAAGCCCAAGGAGCUAGCAUCAGAAUAUUCAGUCCAAGAACAAUGAUUUCUACUCCACUUGGGCACUGAUCUGGCUGCAGCAUCUGCAGGGGACAGUCCCAGUUCCGAACGGAAAGAACAACUUUGCUCCUUAUCCACGUUCCAUAUAGCUACUGACAGGAUAAUAAGUGACCAUAGCGGAAUACUACGCCUCCUCUGCUGAGAACACAUGGUUGUAAUUCCUUUGGCCUGAAGGAGAAUCACUGAAGCCAUUUUAAACAUUCUUUUGUUGUUUAUAGCCUCUGUCUAAGAUUCCAUGACCGGUAUCAGCUAUGAGUGGCAUAUCCAAUCCCUCUCCAACAUCUGCCGUUAUGGUUCCCAAAGAGGAUUGAGAAGUCUCAACAUAAUCCCACAGGAGAAAUCUUAUUGUUCCUCCAAAGAAUAUUUUGUAUUGAAAGCACUGCCUCAUAUUCAUGACAUUCUAGAUGUUUAGAGAAAGGAUUUGACUCUGCUGGAUAUCUUCAAUCAACCAGGAGAGUCUGGGUUAAAGCAAUCAUGUUUGCCAACUGAAUCUGGGCUGUUUUACAGCUCACUCCUCAAUAUGGCCACAGUCCCUCCCACCCUCAGCCUCAUGACACACCCCUCCACUCUCUAUUGCCCCAUUCCCUUUGGGACAGGUGAUGUAGCCACAGUAUCAUGUGUAUUGGUAUGAACACGAUGUAAGGCAUGCCCAGAGACCUUACGUAUUUACUCAUCAUUUGGUGACAAUUUUUUUAUCACAGCCCUACCUCUGUGUUAAGUACUGUGCUGGCUUCUAGGGAAACGCAUGGGUAAUAGACCCCAGUGCUGCCCGUGGUGCAUCCAGCAUAGACCGUCAGGCAGUGAGAUGCAGCAGGCCCCUUGCAAUAGCCGAGAUUUGGAGCUAGGGAUGCUGUGUAAAUGUGGAUCAGGCAAUGAGACUUUGAAAGGUCAUCAUUAUAAUUUUAUUAAGCUGUGACGAAAGGGAGAAGAUCAAUGUAGAAAUGUGUUUAGUAUUGCAUACAUAUGAUCUUACGGAACAAUUAUGAAUUUGUGUUUCUUGUGUACAUUAAAAUUUGGAUAUAUGUGUAAG